ACGUCAUUCACAACAUCCGAGAAGUUGUUCCUGGUGUGUGUUUGUGUGUGUGUGUGUGUGUGUGUGUGUUUGUGUGUGCUGCCAGAGAGGGAGUAUACUAGUCAGUCAAUUGUCACACUAACAUCCAGUGGCUUUUGUGGAUGUUGUGGGGUUUUGACUGGGCAAACAAAAUCUCACUUGCCUCAGGAUGUUUCUGUUCUCCAAAAAGAAGAAACCCAGUGAGGAUUCCAUUAAACGCCUGGAAUACCAGCUAUGCUUGGCCAAAGAAGCAGGUGCUGAUGAUAUUCUGGACAUUUCUGCCUGUGAGCUUGCAGAGGUUCCCUCCAGUGCCUUCUCCAUAUGUAAAGUCCUCCAGAAGAAAGUGUUAAUUCUUCAUGGAAAUGACCUGAUGUCACUUGUUCCUAAAGGUUGCUUCAUUGGUGCCUUAGCAACUUUAAAGGUGUUGGACCUGCAUGAAAAUAAGCUCACGUCACUUCCUGAUGACAUCGGGCAGCUUUUGUCCUUGCAGAUGAGUCUGGAGUAUUGCCCUCCAUCCCAGUAUUUGCUGCCUGUGCUGGAGCAUGAUGAAGGGAAGCAGGAGGUGGAUUGUGUUGAUGGUGAAGAGAUGGCCUGGCAGAGCAAAUUCAUGGACUAUGAGAAAAGAAAGGUGCAGAAACAGCUGGAAAAGUUGAUUUUUGAGAAAGAUCUUGAAGAGAAACGGAGAGAGCACACUCAGCUCCUCCUCCUCAACAACUCCCACAAAGAGGAUGUCCUGCUGUCUGUCAAACUGGAGCAGCAACGGUUGGAGUUAGGUGUGUCUCAGCAGCAGAAGGCCCAGGAAACAGAUAGGCAGAAAAUGCUGGAUAAAGUACAUCUGGCAGAGAGCAAUAUCAUGAGUCGCAUCUCUGACCUCCUACUUGAUAACAAACGCCAGGCAAAGAGCGGCGAGUUUCUGCAAGCUCUGGAGGAAGACCGUAUACGAAUGGAACACCUUACUGCCAUCACACAGGAUGAAGCCAACUCUCUUAGGAAGAAGGAAGUGGCAAGUGCCAUGCAAAGGAUGCUGUCAGAGAGCUACUCUUUAAGGUUACUUCAGGAGGCCAGGGAAGCUAAGACACAGAUUCUGCUGUCUGAGACCUGCAAGAGUUUGGACUAUAUGGAUAGGAAGUUUGACCAAGUGUUGUCCCUGCAGCAGCUAGACAAAAGCAAAGCCAUUAGUCAGAUCCUUCAAGAGGAGGAAAUGCAGAAGGCCGCCUUUGAAGCCCUCCAACUCCAGAAGGACAGUGUGCAUGCUUAUAUCCGUAAUCAGAUUAAACUCAUAGAGACAGAGUUAAUGCAGUUGACAAAGCUGGAGGUUAAGAGGAGGAAUUUGGACACUGAGAACCUGCAGGAGGUGCUAGCUGACCAGAGGACUGCUCUGACUGACCUACUGCAGCAGUUACUCAAACAGAAGGACCAAAGGGAGGAGGAGCUCAGGAUGGUUUUGGUGGAGAUGGCGCAGAAAUGUGAAUCCAAUCAGCAGAACUACUGGAUGAUCCAGUAUCAGAGGCUCCUGGAUGCCAAACCUCUGUCUCUGCGGAUGCAGGAGACAGCUGUAGAUGCAGAUCUGGGGAAUCUGCUGUGUAAACUCUCUGCUCAACACUACCUGCCAAUCAUAGCUCACCACCGAAUCACUGCUGAGGCCUUGCGAAACAUGACCACUAAAGACCUUAGAAAGUUGGGGAUCAAUGAGGUUGGCGUGCAGAAAGCUCUUCUCCACUGGGCCAGAGAAUGCACUCUGUCUGAUCCAAAAGAGAUGCAGGAAGCUGGUCCAUCCACUCCAAGCGCCCCACUUCAACAGCAGCUCACUCCUCCACUGACCCCCAGCACCCCCCUCACCCCCACUGCCCCAAGUCCUGAUAGUUGGAGCAGUUCCGAGUGUGUGGUGUGCAUGGAACAUGAGUCGCAGGUGAUCUUCCUGCCGUGUGGGCAUGUAUGCUGUUGCCAGACCUGUAGCGAUGCCCUGCAGUCCUGCCCUCUGUGCCGUGGCUCUAUAUCUCAGCGGGUCCGUCUUUACCACGGCUGAAGCUGGCGAGUGUCCUACCAUGGUCAGGAUCAUACCUCAUGUGUCAUUGUUAUUCCUUCCUCCCAUUUGCUGCAUGAAAUCGUAGUCUGUGAACCUUCAAGCACUUUAGAAGUUACUGGAUUUUUUCUUCCACUCCCAUUACAACUAGCCAGUCAAAGAGGAACUUACACAGCAAGACAUUUGUCUAAUAGGAUAAGGUUUUAUUGUUCAUCAUAAGCUAGUCACAUUCCAAUAAAUUAACAGCAAGAAAGUAGUUGAUAAUGGUUCAUUUAACUCAAACCUAAUAGGAAUAGAUAAUAAUAAGACUGUUGAGCUUUAGUAUCGCCAUUGAUGUACCCGCUCUAAGCACUUGUGCCUCUUCUGUAUUUGAUUUCAACUCACCCCCCAACUAAAUUUUAAAUAUCUGCAUGUUCUCUACAGUAAAGCUAAAUCUUCAUGCCCCGCCCUCCAUGUUAUUAUAUCAACAUUGUUGUACAGUAAGACCAAAUUUAUCACCAUUCAGGGAUUUUUACAUCAAGGACAAUAGCUGUAAUGUUAAAGUUUUAAUCAUCAUUCUAAUUUGAUCAGAAUUGGGGCAUCACCCCACAGCUAUAAUGACAACAACACAGAGGAACUAUAUCAUUGGAAUCACUAUCACAACAAUUUUUUCCAGCUGAUGAACGAUAAAAAAAUAUUUACA